UCCGCAGGCAUCAGUUCGACGUGCUCCUUCGUGUAGUACACUUCGCACUUUGUCAAGAUGACCGGCCGAGGCAAGGGAGGAAAGGGAUUGGGAAAGGGCGGCGCCAAGCGUCAUCGUAAGGUGCUGCGUGACAACAUCCAGGGAAUCACCAAGCCCGCCAUCCGUCGUCUGGCUCGCCGUGGUGGAGUCAAGCGUAUCUCCGGU